AACACGCAGAACGGCAGAGAAUGACAAACACUGAUGUUUCGCCAGCGUACAAGUCUUUAUUCUAACAUAUAGCUCGACUUUUGACACUUGUCCGACGACACGACGGGUGGGAACCGGACCGCCACAUUUGGUCGCUAAUACAUUUUGGAAGCAACUCUCCCAACGUUCCACGUAUUUCACAAAUCACGUCAAGCCAGCGAAGUGGUAGGCGCGGCCGCACGGCGGGCCAAGUCUGUGGUUCGUGUCAACGGCACAUACCAGUUACACCCGUGCCGCUACUCAGCCCAAGUACGUCCCGGAGCCGCAGUUACUGACACAGCUGCUCGUUCUUCCCAGGACUGUAGCGCUAUGGGAACACACGUGAAGCGCUUGCGUUUCCUCGUUGAACGGCCUCAUACCCGUGGCCGACAUCUUCGUUCAGAGGCGCUUGUCUGGGAACUGGCACGCCCGACGCGGCGGAACGAGAAACGCAAUAAGUACUCGACAGAGGACUGGCCUGCACGGUCGAGCUCCACCCUGAAGUGAAACCCUCCGUGACAGGGACGAUACCAGGCGGACGACAAGAACGAUGGAUACCUUCCCCAAUGUUGUGCACUCGCUAGCCCCAAGGCAAUAUGGGUCUGUACCUGCACCCGUAGCAUCGUCGAUUACGCCGAGCCCGUCGAGCACUCCCACAGAUACAACUGCCGGAACUGGCUCGACCGCCUCCGCCGUUAGGACCGGGCUGCUGCCCCUCCAGCAAUACAUUGCGGCGCACGCCAUACUGUGUGUCCUCGGCUUCCUCGUGCUGCUGCCUGUCGGGGCCAUCGUCGCGCGGUGGAUGCGUACCAACAGCGACCGGUGGUUCAGAAUCCACUGGGUCAUCCAGUGGGUGCUUGCUAUGCCCAUUAUCAUCACUGGUUUCGCACUCGGCGUGACCUCGGUGGCCAAGAAUGACCAUCUACCGCUGAACGACACGCACAAGAAGUGGGGCGUCGCCCUCUUUUUCCUCUACCUCGUCCAACUCUCCCUCGGCGCCUUCAUCCACUUCGUCAAGGUCCCCUUCCUCUCCCUUAACGGCCGCUCCCUCCAGAACUACCUCCACGCCGGCUUCGGGGUUUUCAUCAUCGGCGCAGCAUUUUACCAGGUGCGCACGGGUUUCCGCACCGAAUGGCCGCUGUACACCGGCCUCACGGUCAAGAACGGCGCCAACGUCGCCUGGAUCAUCUGGCUCGUGCUCGUGAUCGCGGUCUACGUCUCGGGGCUCUGGCUCCUCCCGCGCCAGUUUCGACAGGAGCGCACGGCGCGGCGCAACGCGCGGAGCCGGCUCGGACUCGAGUCUGAUUCCACAGAGCUGGUGGUUAAGCGGCACGGGCAGAUGUAGGGUGUCAGUCACACGCAUGCUGCACACUUGAAGCUUGAGGGCCGAUGUCUGAUAGGAUUUUAGAACGACGCGUAUUAUUGAAAAGCCUGCGGUUCAGGGUAUUUAUGAUAUCUUGGGGACAAGCGGCGAUAAGCUCGCUAGGAACGUCCGCGGAUGUAAAAUUUAUUUGGAGAAGUUUUAAACAAAGAAC